AUGGAGAUCUCCAAGAUCACGAUACCUGACGAAUGGUGUUAUUUUGCCAAGGGCAACGCCAACAUACUAUUUAAUUACACGGGCACCAACGAUUACUUGAGGCACAAACUACUUCGGCUCCGAUUAUUGAAGGAAGACGAACAGUAUAUUUCCACCUGCGAGCUAUACGACUUUAUCGAGCUCAAAUGCAAGCAUUUAUUUCCCAAACAGAUCAUAGACAUCCAGCUCGUGGUGCUUACACGGGACUUUGUCGACCGGUUGGAUUCCGCCGGCCACAAGGUGAAAUUACUGGAACGAUAUGGGUUGUUGAUCCCCAAUAUUCUUGAUGGAAAUUAUACCAAAUAUUCACUCAGCAAGAACUGUCAUUUAUAUGUGGGUGAUGGUUGGACGUCCAGCAGCCACGGCAAGCGUACAACAAACAAAAAUAACGAUAGCACACCAAAUAAAGUUGAGUCCAAAGAAUCGAUCGAAUCGGUGGUUUUUGAAAUAAAACCAAAAUGGCUCUACGACAACACAUCUUGCCGGUACUGUCGUACAUGCUCACAUAACCAGCUCCGGGGCUUUUCCCGGCACUUUUGUCCUCUUGACCUUCUCUACGACCAAACAAUUGACCGAGGAAUAGACGAUAUUCUCAACAAGGUUCCAACUUCAGUUCUCAAAAAUGUCGAGAAAAACUGCAUUCCUGUCCGGCUGCUCUUGCGGAUCUUCUUGAGCGACCCCUCCAAUGUGUUUGUCAAGCUCAAGGAGUACCAGCGGAUCAACAACAAAAACGACCUAAUCGCCAAUCUCACGCUGAUUCACGAUGUGCUGCAAAAUCUCUCGUUGGUGAUGACGCUUCGAGAUGUGGGACUUUUCAUCAAGAUUGAACGAUACGACAGAACGAACAACCACCAUAACUCACACAAUAACAUCCACAAUAUCAUCGAAGUUGAAAAUUACGGCAAGUUUGUCGUCACUUGCAACAUCUACGAUCUCGAUCUCAAAUCCAAAUCCAAGUACAAACACUGGCUCGACAUUGAGAACAAGCUCCAGAGCAUUUACAACUCGUCCAAUCCAAACUGGCGAGACUGCAUUCGAGUGGAAGCGGAGGGACCGACUUUUGAAAUUUGA